GGGCGCCGCGCGCUGCCUGCGUCUCCGGCCGCCGCCGCCGCCGCUUCCGAGUAAACACCGCGGGCGGGGGCUGCCCUCCGCCGCCCCCUCCCCCCCCCCCCCCCCCUCCCCGCCAUGGCCGGCCGCGGCGCCUUCCCGCUCAGUCCGCUGCCUCCCGCCGCCGCCCCGCCGCCUCCGGGCCCCGGCCCCGCCAUGCUGAGGGGGCCCAGCCCGGCUCCCGCCGCAGCCGCCGCCGCCGCCCCGGGCUACCGCCCCAUGGGCCCGGCCGCCGCGCAGUACCAGCGCCCCGGGAUGCCGCCUGGCGGCCGGAUGCCCAUGGCAGGGCUGCAGGUGGGACCACCAGGAGCUCCCCCCUAUGGAGCAGCCUCCCCGAUGAGACCCGGCCUGCCCCAGUCGAUGAUGGACCCCUUCAGGAAACGCCUGCUGACCCCCCAGGCACAGCCGCCGCUGGCAACCCAGAGGAGAGGGGUGAAGAGGAGGAAGAUGGCUGACAAGGUCCUGCCACAGAGGAUCCGGGAACUGGUCCCGGAAUCCCAGGCCUACAUGGACCUCCUCGCCUUUGAGCGCAAGCUGGACCAAACCAUCGCUCGGAAGAGGAUGGAGAUUCAGGAGGCCAUUAAGAAACCGCUGACGCAAAAGCGGAAGCUGAGGAUUUACAUCUCCAACACUUUCAGCCCAGCCAAAGAAGAAGGGGAGGGUGGUGAGCGAGUGGCCUCCUGGGAGCUCCGCGUGGAGGGCAAACUGCUGGAGGACCCGAGCAAGCAGAAGAGGAAGUUCUCCUCCUUUUUUAAGAGCCUCGUCAUUGAGCUGGACAAAGAGCUGUACGGGCCGGACAACCAUCUGGUGGAGUGGCACCGGCUGCCCACAACCCAGGAGACUGAUGGCUUCCAAGUGAAGCGUCCCGGCGACGUCAAUGUGAAAUGCACUCUGCUGCUCAUGCUGGAUCACCAGCCACCACAGUACAAACUGGACCCUCGCCUGGCUCGCCUCCUCGGGGUGCACACCCAGACCCGCGCCAGCAUCAUGCAGGCGCUCUGGCUCUACAUCAAGCACAACAAGCUGCAGGACAGUCACGAGAAGGAGUACAUCAACUGCAACCGCUACUUCCGCCAGAUCUUUAACUGCGUCCGCAUGCGCUUCUCUGAGAUCCCCAUGAAGCUGGCGGGGCUCCUGCAGCACCCGGAUCCCAUCAUCAUCAACCACACCAUCAGCGUGGACCCCAAUGACCAGAAGAAGACAGCCUGCUACGACAUCGAUGUGGAGGUGGAUGAUCCCCUGAAAGCUCAGAUGAGCAAUUUCCUGGCUUCCACCACCAACCAGCAGGAGAUCGCCUCCCUGGAUGCCAAGAUCCACGAGACCAUCGAAUCCAUCAACCAGCUGAAGACGCAGCGCGAUUUCAUGCUGAGCUUCAGCAACAACCCACAGGAUUUCAUCCAGGAAUGGAUCAAAUCCCAGAGGAGGGACCUUAAGAUCAUAACGGACGUGAUCGGGAACCCGGAGGAGGAGCGGCGAGCCGAGUUCUACCAGCAGCCCUGGGCGCAGGAGGCUGUGGGCAGACACAUCUUCGCCAAGGUCCAGCAGCGCCGGCAGGAACUGGAACAAGUGCUCGGGAUCCGCCUCACCUAAGGGGCCAGCGGGGGCUCGGGAGCUCCUUCUCCUCUCCCUGCUGCCUGAGCCUGACGGUACUUCUUACUGGAAUCAAAAAUACAGCACUUGCACAAACCCUAUGUGCCUGGAGGGAUUUGGAGCCACUAGCCCCCCCUGGGCUCCCCUCGGCUGGGAAGCUCUAGCCAUAAGGCAGAGCACACCGGAGGGGUCCCCUGGUUCCCCCCCCAUAAAGUCCCGCUGCAGCUUUUCUGCUGCGUUAACGCCUCCUGCUUUUGCAUCGUGCCGUUCGCCUCUUUCCCCGUAGCACCUACAAGCCCUCCUGCUCGUUCCCCUCCUGGAGAUGCUGCCCAGCAGGGAAAUGCUACCCGUGCCGAGCGGGAGGUGCUGCCUUGCUCCCGCCCGCGCUGCCAGCCCUCCCUGAGCCCAGCCGCCGCCGCCACGGCAGGCCCUGCCCUGCCCCUCUUCAACCAAAGUUGGUUUUUUUGGGGUUUGUUUUUUUUUUUUUUGUGUCAUUCCAAACGCCAGCCAGCCCUUUCCCCCGCCGCUGGUGCCCGACGUUUUGCACUAUUUUUGUGAACAGGUUUUAUAAAAAAAAAAAAAAAAAAAAAGGAAAAAAAAAAAAAAGGAAGCGUUUUGUACAGUGGGUUUGUAUUUGAUUAAUAUAUUGAGUUCCUCUUAACUGCACUCAUUGCCUCAAUCUAUGCAGUGGUUCGUGGUGUUCUCAGAGGGGCUGGCUCGGCCCAAGCUGUUCUUUUUAUACGUAACCAAGUUUUUUAGCGUUAAGUUUUUGACAAUCAGUUGAUUAAUUCCCCCCACCCCCCCAACUCCUGCUGUUUUACGUAAUUAGCGACUCAUCUUGUGAGCGAUAGGAGGUGUCAGGGCUGGGGGCUGGGGGGCAGCUCUGUCCCCGGGGAGCCUGCGGGCAGCCGGGGGUCAGCAGGGCUCUCAGAGAGAACUGGAGAUACCGGGGAGGAGCGAGGGGACCAUAGUGCUGGGCUGAGGGGACGGUGCCACCACCCGCCGGACCCACUGAAGUGCCUUAACCCCGCUGCCCCCCUGCCCGCAGGCUCCUCUGGCCCCGGGCGGUUGCAGGCAGAGGGGAGGGGGGGCGUUUACAUAUUCCCAGGGUGGACGGCUCAGGGGUGCCUGCUCUGCCUCUUGUGUAACCAUUUUUUUGUCUAUUUUGGAUAUUUUCUAAUAAAACCAGUUAGCAGCA